AUGGUGAUGAGCAACGGUAAACUCAGUUACCAGUCAUCUUUAACUGGAAAGGCCGCGCAGAGUGUUCAAAUAUUAGAUAUUACGGAUCUUAACUAUUCGAUUGCUAUGGACACUCUUAAGGAAAAAUUUGACUGCCACCGCCAAGUGUGCAUGCGCCAUUGGGAUCUGAUUCUCGAUUAUCCAAAAAUAACCGAAGAAACACCCGAAUCAUUGAACGAUCGACUUCAUACGGGACCGAAGCUACAAGAGGACCUAUUAGACAUUCUCCUAAGGUUCCGUUCGCAUCAAUACGUCCUUACAGGUGAUGUCGAAAAAAUGUAUCGACAAUUCCUUGUGCGCCCAGAGGACCGAAAGUUCCAACAGAUUUUGUGGCGUAAUGAUAAGGGCGAAGUUGACACCUAUCAACUCAACACAGUGACGUUCGGGCUUUCAGCGGCUCCAUAUCUCGCCAUUCGGAUUAGACACAGGAUCGGAGCACGAUCAUUGAGAACAGAGCUCACGGAAUUGCUCAAAUUAGCCGGUUUGACUAUUCGAAAAUGGGCUUCAAAUGAUCGAGCACUGCUGAGUGGACUUCCCGAACAGGACAUGAACGAUAAGCUUCUUCUGGGUAAGUCUCAGACUCUAAAAACUCUAGGUGUUGACUGGGACUCAUCUGACGAUUCGAUCCUGUAUUCCGUCAAAACCAAUCCCCUCACUUCUCACAUUACGAAGAGAACAAUCAGCUCCGAAAUCGCCAAGAUCUACGACCCUCUUGGGUUGCUUGCACCAGUAAUCGUUCGAGCUAAGAUGCUGCUUCAACGACUCUGGUCACUGAAAAUCGAUUGGGACGAAUCGCUGCUGGCCGACUUACACACAGAAUGGAGAAAAUAUUACGAGCAAUUACCCUUAUUAAACAACGGAAGGUUCCCACGCAAAACCAUGAUCAAGUCCGCAACGGAAAUUGAGUUACACGGAUUUUGUGACGCCAGCGAAAGGGCAUUGGAACUGAGCGGAGCGCUUCUUCUUGCGUCGCUUACCACCGCCGUCCUUCAAGCGUUAUCAAAAGACAUAUCGCGUACCGUUUAUUGGACGGAUUCCACCAUCGUCCUUCAUUGGAUUAACACGUCGCCCCACACGCUGAAAACUUUUGUUGCUAACCGAGUGGCACACAUUCAAAGGCAGACCCAGACCUCAGAUUGGCGUCACCUUCCCACAACAGACAACCCCACGGAUCUCAUAUCGCGAGGUCAAACACCAGAAGAUCUGCUACGAUCAACCAUGUGGCAACAGGGACCGAAAUGGUUCCAAAAAUCUGAAAGAUACUGGCCGACACGGAACCCAGUACCACUGACCGAAAUACCGGAGCAGAAGAAGGCAACCUGUUUAUCUUUGAUUCCCGCCGACCACAGUCUACUAGAGAGAUUUUCCUCGUGGCCUAAACUGAUCAGAAUCACAGCUCGCUGCCUACGAUGGCGACAACAACAGGAUCGAGGGAACCCCCUAACCGUGCAGGACUUAGCCAUUCCGCAUAACAAAUUAAUCAAAUUGCUCCAACGUUGCUAUUUUACAGAUGACAUUCAAGAGCUCCAAACCGAUCGAAAUUCUACAGUGAAAGGGAAGCUACAGCGACUCAAUCCCUUUCUGGACAAGGACAGGAUGCUACGAGUUGGAGGCCGACUCAGUCACUCAACACUGCCUUUCAACCAAAAACAUCCAAUCAUCUUACCUAAGUUUACGGUUACGGCGCUCAAAAUCGAGCACGAACAUCGCCUGAAUCUGCAUGCCGGAACUCAAGCCACUCUAUACGCCCUCCGAAGAGCCUAUUGA